AUGGCCCACGAGGAGGAGCAAGCCUUGGAGAUCGAGGCGUUGCAGUCGAUCUUUGAGGGUGAGGAGUUCAAGAGUAUUUCUGAAAAGGAGUUUGCCAUAAAGCUUCUGCCCUUCCCUGGUGGAGAGGAGGAGCGCUUGCUUCGCAGCCUGAGUGUUGGAAGUUGUCAGUGCUAUGACUCCUUGCAGGAGAACCAUGUCGGCGUCGUGCUGCAUGUGACGUACACUGACACCUACCCAGAUGAACCACCAGAGUGGCAGCUGGAGGACGUCCAGGGGCUUGGCGACGAGAAGCUUGAGUUGCUGCGGGAGCGUGUAAAGGAGACCAUCGAGUCGUCGCUGGGAAUGGCGAUGAUCUACCCAGUAACGGAGGCAUGUCAGGACGGCACUGGCCACAGCUGUUUCGAGCAUUUUGAUCAAGCUUGGGACGUCGGUCAGUCUGGUGGGGAGCACAACUACAUGUUCUUGAGAGGUGUUGAGUCCGUUUCAGUUCCAACUUGUCCCCCCCGCCCCCGUUUGUCUCUGCUGGGGCUCAUGCACCAGGACUUCUUGAAGGAGAACAAUCAAAAGGAGUUGUCCAUGCACGAGCAGAUGAUGCUGCGGCAAGCGGCUGCCGAGGAGAGCGUUGUAAGUUGUAACCUGGGUCAACUGCAGUUCUUGUUUGAGGAUGCCGAGGAGGAUGAUGAUGAGGAGGAGCAGGAACCUGAGUGGAAGGGACUGACGGAGAAGGCGCUUUGCCCCGAGAGCGAGCGGAUCACGGCGGAGAGUUUUGCAGCUUGGAAGGCCAAGUUCGAUGCGGAGAUGAUCGAGAGCGGCGUCUUGAAGCGAGACGAAAUCAGGUCAAGGAGCGGCAAGCUGAUUUUCAUGCAAGGCCAAGAAGGGGAGGAACGCAAGAAAGAGGAGAAUGGUUAUCCGACCAAGUGGUCCGACGUUCUGGUGUACGAUGCGGCUUUAUUUGGUGAGGAGGAUGCCGACCUUGAUGACAUAGAGGACGACUGA